UUGUUUGACGAAUUUGAAACAAAACCAAAACUGAUGGUCAGCCUCCAAACGGUACAAAUAUAAGAUGCUAAGAAUUCGAGCACUCCUACGAAAGGAGCAAAACCUCCUCAAUGCAACACGAAGAUGUAUUAGCUCUUUUAAUCAUAGGGAUACAAUUGUGAUGAGCUUUGGAGAUGGAAGCCAUGGCGCUCUUGGAUUACCCAAUUCACUUACUGGCCUUGGAACCGAUGCCUAUGAGCCCACCAUCGUUUCUGGCCUUCCUUCCGAUAUUGUGGGAGUCACCGCUGGCCAUUACCACUCCCUUGCUGUCACUUCCACAGGUCAGCUAUGGGCGUGGGGUCGCAACAACGAAGCCCAACUUGGCCGUUGCAUUCCUGCCCCGAGCAGAGAUACAUGGAAUGAACCAAAAAGAGUAGAAGGGUUGAAUAAGGUUCACAUCCUUUCCGCGUAUGCAUCUGGUGUUGUCUCCGCAGCCAUUGCAAAUGAUGGUUCUUUAUGGGUUUGGGGUAAAUCUAAGAGGGGUCAGCUUGGUCUUGGGAAAGGAAUUACAGAGGCCUUCGUACCUUCUAAAAUUGAGGCACUUGCAGGGACAAAGAUAGCUAAGGUAUCAUUUGGCUGGGGCCAUGCUCUUGCACUCUCUGAGGAAGGAAAACUAUUUGGUUGGGGUUACUCGGCCGAUGGCAGGUUAGGAAAAAUCAUGGGAGCUCUAGAGGUGUCAGCUCUGGAUUCUAAUGCUAAUCAACAAGUGCCAAAAUUAAUGCUGGAAGCUUCUGAAAGGCUGGUUUUAGAAGGGAUGGAGAAGGAAAAUGAUAUGCCAAUACUUUGGGAUCCUUGUUUAGUAGAAGAGUUGCAUGGUACUAAAGUUGUAGAUAUUGCCUGUGGGCUUGAUCAUUCCUUGGUUCUUUGCUGUGAUGGUACAUUAUUGAGUUCUGGAAGCAAUAUAUAUGGCCAAUUGGGCAGAGCAAAUCAUGAAAUAGGAUUGUUUCCAGUUGAUUUAAACAUCCAUCCCUCAUCCAUAGCAGCUGGCCUGGGCCAUUCUUUGGCAAUUUGCAGGGCUGCAUCAUCAGAUGCUGAAGGAGAUGCUAGAAACAUUGUCUCAUGGGGAUGGAAUCAGAGCUCCCAGCUUGGAAGACUAGGGCCAGAAGGCAUCCCCUUGGAGAUUGAGGGUUUGGCGGGGGAGAUCCCUGUUUCAGUGUCCGGAGGGCGAGUACAUUCCAUUGCUCUCACAUCCAAAGGGGAGGUGUGGGUUUGGGGCUGUGGUAAGAAUGGCAGACUUGGGCUAGGGAGUUCGAGUGACGAAGCUGAGCCAAUCUUGCUUGAUAGUUUAGAAGGUUAUGAAGUCCUACAAAUAGUGUCCGGCUUCGAUCAUAAUCUAGUUUUGGCAUCUCAAUGACGAUGCAAGUGGAGCAGUUCAAAAUCACGUUUCACGGUUUAUCGAGUUUUAGGUGCAAUAUGUAUAAACUUCCACCUGCUUCAGCAUUAGUUUGUGGUAUGCACAAACUCUUUUUACCCAUUUAUAUGACACUAAGCGUGAGAGGUUUGGAUCCGAUCCAUUUAUAUGACAAGCUAAGAGCGAGGAAGUGUAUAUAAGUGGAUUGAACACCUAUUUAUCAAUGAUAGGAUAAGAAUUUCAUAA